AUGUCAGUAGUGUCUAAUGAUAGCAAGUCUUUGGAAAGAAAAGUCUCUCCUGCAAAAGAAGAGAGAAGAAGAUCUGCAAGCCCAGAAAAUGAAGAAGAGGAAUUAGACGAGUUUGGCAGAGUAAAACGUCGCAGAGAAAAGUUCAAGACAGAACGAUCUGAAGAUGGAGAGUAUGACGAUGACCAUAACCAACACCGUCAUCGAUCUGACAGUAAUGAUCGCGGUCGCCGGGAAGAGAGAUACCACAGCAGUCGACGAAGACGAUCUUCCAGCUCACCAAGACGCUAUCGUCGUCAUCAUUCAGACUCGGAUAGCGAUUAUGAACGUCAACGUAGUACUAGUCGACAUAGACAUCGUCGUUCUCGUCAUCAUCACAGUCGUCAACAGCAUAGAGGCAACGGUGCUGACCUGUAUACGGAGGCAGCACAAUACAUUGAUACAGAAUUCUAUCCUACAAAAGUGUAUAUUGGAGAUCUUGAAGGUGUCACAGUAGAACAGAUUGAGACAAUAUUUGCCCGUUUUGGACCUCUUGAGGAUGUCAAACUUGUGGAAGGAAAAGACUAUGGAUUUAUUACGUUCGAGAAAAAAGAAGCUGCAUUGGCUGCUAUCCAGAGUAUGCAUGGUGCAUUAUUAGGAUCAAGACAUAUCAAAGUGAAUCGCGCAAAGAUACCCGAGAGAAAUAAGGUUGGCUUUGGUAAUGUCCCUUGGCAGGAUGAGGACGGAUUGAUGGCAAAAGAGUCGUACAGUUAUAGCCGCAGACGUUCAUCCACGUUAAUGAAAUUGGAUGAUCAUGCUUAUCCUCCUAUCACAACCGCUAUCCCUGCCGGUAGAGUUCUGACAAGUUAUGAUGAUCUUUGA